AUGGCUACUCGUCUCAACCAGGUUUCCUCGCACCUUUCCAGCGCCCAGGUGCCGCGCGUGCAGAUCGGCGUCAAGAACCCCGAGGAUGUCGUGAUUGUCAAGGCUCUGCGCACGCCGAUGACGCGCGGCAAGAAGGGCGGCUUCAAGGACACCACAGCGGACUAUCUGCUGGGCAGCAUCUUCAAGGGCCUUUUGGAGCGCACCAAGAUCGACCCGGCUCUGGUUGAGGACAUCUGCGUCGGCAACGUGUGCCCGCCAGGCGGCGGAGCGACCCUGGCGCGCAUGGCAGCGCUGUACGCCGGCUUCCCGAACACGACCUCGGUGCAGACCGUCAACCGGCAGUGCUCGUCGGGCCUGCAGGCUGUGGUACAUAUUGCGCACCAGAUCCAGGCAGGCAUGAUCGAGGUGGGCAUUGGCGCUGGUGUUGAAAGCAUGACGCAGUUCUACGGUCCCGGCUACCGGAUGACUAAGGAUAGUAUCAGCCCUGAGGUCUUUGCUGUCAAGGAGGCGGCGGACUGCCUGACCCCAAUGGGUUUCACAUCGGAGAACAAGGCGGCCAAGGCGCAGAAGGAGGGUCUGUUCGAUGCCGAGAUCUACCCGAUCAAGACCACCAUCCUCGACAAGGACGGCAACACCAAGGAGAUCGUUGUCUCGCGCGAUGACGGUGUCCGUCCGGGCACCACCCCGCAGACACUGAGCAAGCUCAAGCCUGUGUUCGACAAGAACGGCAGCACCACCGCCGGCAAUGCCUCGCAGGUGUCGGACGGUGCUGCUGCCCUUGGUCUGUCUAUCCAGGGCAAGUUCAUUGCUGCUGCUAAGACCGGUCUCAAGGUCGACGAUCUGGAUAUUGUCGAGCUCAACGAGGCUUUCGCGUCGCAGGCUGUGUACUCGAUGGAGAAGCUUGGUCUUGACGUCAACAAGCUCAAGCGCCAGGACAAGCGGGUUGGCUGCACUACCAUGUGCAUUGGCGGUGGCUUCGGUAUGGCUGCUAUCUUCGAGUCGGAGCACUAAAUUUCUCUCGAUCCCCCUCUUUUCUUCUUGUGUACACUAACAAACAACUGUCGCAG